AUUGGCUGAGCCGCGCAGUAUUUUGGCACUUGUGCGCUGGACUCGAGCGCUCCGAUUGGAGUUAGGGCCUGUUUGUCUGCGUGCUGCUAAGUCCGCGGCCGCCCCUGGGGCCCUAGACGUUGGGUUCCAGGGUUCUUCACGUUCCAUUCCCAGGCUGGUCUGAGCUCCGGGGCCGUGGUCCCGCUGCCUCCUCCGGUCGUUGUGCGGAGGCUGCCACGCAGGCAGACCAUGGCAGAGUUCUCCCAGAAACGGGGGAAGCGGCGUGGCGACGAGGGGCUGGGCAGCAUGGUGGACUUCCUUCUGGCCAAUGCCCGCCUGGUGCUGGGCGUGGGCGGGGCUGCUGUGCUGGGCAUUGCCACCCUGGCCGUGAAGCGGUUCAUUGACAGGGCCACUAGCCCGCGGGAUGAGGACGACACCAAGGCAGACAGCUGGAAGGAACUGAGCCUGCUCAAGGCCACACCACACCUGCAGCCCCGGCCUCCACCUGCUGCCCUUAGCCAGCCAGUGUUGCCCUUGGCCCCCUCAUCGUCUGCCCCAGAAGGGCCUGCAAAAAGUGAUCCUGAGGUGACACCACAGCUCAGCUCCCCAGCACCGCUGUGUCUGACACUGCAGGAGAGGCUGCUGGCCUUCGAGCGGGACCGUGUGACCAUCCCAGCAGCCCAGGUGGCUUUGGCCAAACAGCUGGCUGGUGACAUUGCCCUGGAGCUGCAGGCCUACUUUCAGAGCAAGUUCCCAGAACUGCCGUUUGGGGCAUUCGUGCCUGGGGGGCCGCUCUACGACGGGCUGCAGGCGGGGGCUGCGGACCAUGUGCGUCUCCUGGUGCCACUGGUGCUGGAGCCCGGCCUGUGGAGCCUGGUGCCGGGCGUGGACACCGUGGCGAGGGACCCUCGCUGCUGGGCCGUGCGCAGGACUCAGCUUGAGUUCUGCCCCCGCGGAAGCAGCCCCUGGGACCGCUUCCUGGUCGGGGGCUACCUCUCCUCCCGCGUCCUGCUGGAGCUACUCCGCAAGGUGCUGGCUGCCUCUGUCAACUGGCCGGCCAUUGGCAGCCUUCUCGGGUGCCUGAUCCGGCCCAGCAUGGCCUCGGAGGAGCUGCUGCUCGAGGUGCAGCACGAACGCCUGGAGCUCACUGUGGCUGUGCUUGUGGCAGUCCCUGGGGUCGAUGCUGAUGACCGCCUCCUCUUGGCCUGGCCCCUGGAGGGGCUGGCGGGGAACCUCUGGCUGCAGGACCUGUAUCCAGUGGAGGCUGCUAGGCUGCGAGCCCUGGACGACCGUGACGCUGGGACUCGCCGGCGGCUGCUGCUGCUGCUGUGUGCUGUCUGCCGUGGCUGCUCGGCCCUGGGGCAGCUAGGCCGGGGUCACCUGACCCAGGUGGUCCUGCGUCUGGGGGAGGACAACGUGGAUUGGACGGAGGAGGCCUUGGGUGAGCGCUUCCUGCAAGCCCUGGAGCUGCUCAUUGGCAGCCUGGAGCAGGCCAGCCUGCCCUGCCACUUCAACCCCAGCGUGAACCUCUUCAGCAACUUGCGUGAGGAGGAGAUUGACGACAUUGGCUACGCGCUAUACAGUGGCCUACAGGAGCCCGAGGGGCUGCUCUAGGUGGGUGGGAACGGGUGGCUGCCAUGUUUUCUAAUGCUGGGGAGCUGCACCCACCUCCCUUCCAGGGAUUUGAAUAGUGGUUUUUCUCUAGCUUUUAGCCAGAACAAAAGAGGGUACAUUACUUAAACCCAGGGCAUUGGGAUGUGCUUGGGCUACGGUGGCCAUAAACCCUGAGUCCAGAGAGCUUGGGUCACUGUCACCUGAGUGCAGCUGGGCUGCCUCAGGCAGCUUGGAGUGCCAGCCAUUCCUGCAAGCACUGUUUCAGCCCUUGGGGCCAACCCCAGGACCUUGGCUCUGUCUAUCACCAGCAACCAGUCCACCAACAGAAUGUGGUUUCUGCCAUCCUGGGCAGAAGCUGAAGGCCAGCUUCACAUUUCUGCUGAGAGAAGGUGACUUAACGCCUUCUCCAGCCCCAGCUCCAGGCGUUUUGAGGCGUCUGGUGUCUGGUGGUAGGUAUGGUGUGUUUGUUCUGUCCCCCAGGGGCUGGAGUCACCUGGUGCCCCUGAAGGACAGAUUUUUGGCUGUUAAAGGAUGGCAUUUUCCUGCUGUCUUCUGUGCGUUUAGUUUUCUUGCUGAGCAGGAGCUCAGUGUGACUUGCCACCCACCUGAUACCUCAGGGCAAGGCCCUUUUUUCCUCCAGCCAGGUGAGUGUUUUCUUCAGGCAGCUGAGGGUCCUGGGGGAGCUGAGGCUCUGUGCUGCGCCCCCAGCCCACAGCUGGGGCAUCUCACUGGAGCUGUUCCAGGCCCCACUGGAGAGCAGAGGACCUGAUCCCCCACCAGAGAGGUCCGGUGUGCACAGCCGGCCUCCCAGUGUGCCAAAAUGAACUGCUCUCAGCUGAUGGCUGUAUUCUGACUUUGAAGCCUGUUAAGAGGUAGCAAGGGGGCUAGAGGAGGGAGAUUCCACCUCCCCUCCCAAGUGACCCUCCUCCUGCCUCUGGCAUCCUUCCUGCUGAAACGAAGCUCUGCUUCGAAGAUGUGAACAAGAAUAAAAGGAAAAAAUUCUAACGUAUAUGUAACUCAGGCUGGAUAAGGGGGUCUUGGUGCUUUCAUAACGCAGCUGUUGAGGGUUUUCUGUAAGUCCUGUGGCUUGUCCUGGCACUUUGGCAAGAGUGCUUGAGGUCAAUUGGAGGUGGUAGAGUUUACUUUAAAAAGUAGCAUCUUGGCUGGGUGUGGUGGCUCUCACCUGUAAUCCCAGCAUAUCGGGAGGCCGAGGCGGGCAGAUCACGAGGUCAAGAGAUUGAGACCAUCCUGACCAACAUGAUAAAACCCCAACUCUACUAAAAAAGACAAAAAUUAGCUGGGCGUGGUGGCACGCGCCUAUAGUCCCAGCUACUUGGGAGGCCGAGGCAGGAGAAUUGCUUGAACCCGGGAGGUAGAGGUUGCAUUGAGCUGAAAUUGCACCACUGCACUCCAGACUGGCGACAGAGCAAGACUCUGUCUCAAAAAAAUAAAUAAAUAAAAAAGCAUCUU